CGGGCCAGCGGGCGCCAUGGACUCACUGUGGAGAUUGAAGCGGUUCGAUGCUUUCCCCAAGACCCUGGAAGACUUUCGGGUCAAGACGUGCGGGGGCGCGCUGGUGACGGUGGUCAGCGGGCUCAUCAUGGUGCUGCUUUUCUUCUCGGAGCUGCAGUAUUACCUCACGAAGGAGGUUCAUCCGGAACUGUACGUUGACAAAUCGAGGGGAGAUAAACUGAAGAUCAAUCUAGAUGUCAUUUUCCCACAUAUGCCUUGUGCUUAUUUGAGCAUCGAUGCCAUGGACGUUGCAGGAGAGCAGCAGCUGGAUGUGGAGCACAAUCUGUUUAAGCAGCGUUUGGAUAAAGCUGGCAAUCGAGUGACUCCAGAGGCUGAGAGACACGAGCUGGGGAAAGAAGAAGAGAAAGUGUUUGAUCCAAGCUCUUUGGAUGCCGACCGCUGCGAGAGCUGUUAUGGGGCAGAGUCAGAGGACAUUCGGUGUUGUAACACUUGUGACGAUGUGAGAGAAGCGUACAGGCGGCGAGGCUGGGCCUUCAAGAACCCAGACAGCAUAGAGCAAUGCAAGAGGGAAGGGUUCAGCCAGAAAAUGCAAGAGCAGAAGAACGAGGGCUGCCAAGUGUAUGGUUUCCUAGAGGUCAACAAGGUAGCUGGAAAUUUCCACUUUGCACCAGGAAAAAGUUUCCAACAGUCUCAUGUACAUGUUCAUGAUCUGCAGAGCUUCGGACUGGAUAACAUCAAUAUGACACAUUAUAUCAAACACCUCUCCUUUGGAAGGGAUUAUCCAGGCAUUGUGAACCCUCUGGAUGGGACAGACGUCACUGCCCAGCAAGCUUCCAUGAUGUUUCAGUAUUUUGUCAAAGUGGUCCCCACGGUGUAUAUGAAAGUAGAUGGUGAAGUGGUAAGGACCAACCAGUUUUCAGUCACACGCCAUGAGAAGAUAGCCAACGGGCUCCUAGGAGACCAGGGCCUGCCUGGUGUGUUUGUGCUAUAUGAGCUUUCACCCAUGAUGGUGAAGCUGACAGAGAAACACAGGUCCUUCACACACUUUCUGACUGGGGUUUGUGCCAUUGUUGGAGGCAUAUUUACAGUUGCAGGAUUAAUUGACUCCUUGAUCUACCACUCGGCACGUGCCAUCCAGAAGAAAAUUGAUCUUGGGAAGACAACAUAAGCAAGAACCUCACCCCACAACAAAACAGCUCCAGGGAGAACUAAACAGGUUUUUUUUGAAACACAAGUGAUCUUUGAGUGCACAAGAGAAGAGGUUUGGAAUUACCAGGUGGCCCUGACUGCUCUUAUGUUACUGCCCUGUCCUUCUUUGGCAUUAAUUUGUGGCUGGAGCUGCCUGAACUUGCUGCUGUCACAGUGAGCCAUCGUGUCUGACUCUGUGGGCCCUACUGUAGAACCUUCUUCUGUCAGUCCCUGUUCAUCCAGUUCUGUCCCCUUCCUCAAAAGAGGUGCUGGAGCUACAGCCUUCUAUCUUCCUCCAGGAGUACUGUGUUCUACGUCACAACAACUGGAAGGGGCUGAAGUUGCCAUCAGCUGAGCUUUCCAGCAACAGCAGCUGGCUUCCUGCAUGGUUAGCAAUGGUUCUGACUGCCAGAGCUCUCACAGUGUCCUGGGCAGCAUGGCAAGACCCAGCAGUGGGGCUGUGCCUCCUGCCCCUGGGCACUGGCACUUGCUCCACAUUGCUGCUCUUCUACAAAAGAUCCAAGAGGAUAUUUCAGCCCCUCCCCCAAAAAAAAACAGUGUUGGAAGUUUUAAUUGGUUUUUUAAUUGGAUUUGGGUUUUUUCACUUCCCCUCUGUUUAUAUUUUGAAAUAAAGUGUGUGUGUUUUGGUAAGGCA